UUAUUCGUAUAUUCACCGAUAAAAGAGAAGGCAAUCUGUGAGGCAAGAAGAAGAUAUAUCCUCCAUUGCCCUCCCAACUCCCAAGUAAUAGAGGGGGCACUGGGACUACACCCCUCUUCAUGAAGAAGAAGCUUUCAAGUUAGAAACCCAGCAGUAGCAAACCCCGAACGCACUCCCAUCACAUAGGGGCUGUCAUCAAUGUCUUUAUCUCUUCCCAUUUCUUCUCCUCCUCACGUCUCCACUCUCCUCCUCCCCCCACCGCUCUCUCCUCCUACUUUCCCUCUCAACACCCACCCUUCUUUCCUAUAUCACCACCCUCAACCCCCAGAUGGGCAUCCCAAAGUCUUUGCCUUUUGUCGUUCCAGAGGGAGAGAGAGGUUGAGACAUGCUUCUAUGAUGAAGGGGCCACGUGGGUUUUCCAGGAUGGCUUCCUGUUGGAGCUUUGGAGGUGAGGGAGGAGCAGGGUUUGGGAGUGGGAGUGAAGAAGAAGAGGAAAGUAACAGUGAUGAGGACGAAGUGGAGGUAGAAGCAGAGGAGGAUUUGAAUUUUGGGUCUUGUAUUUUGCCCGAGAGAUGGGAUGUCUUGGGUCUUGGACAAGCCAUGGUUGAUUUCUCUGGCACGGUUGAUGAUGAAUUUUUGAACAAACUGGGAUUAGAGAAAGGAACGAGGAAGGUUGUGAAUCAUGAGGAAAGGGGUAGAGUUUUGCAGGCUAUGGAUGGUUGCAGCUAUAAGGCCGCUGCUGGUGGAUCUCUUUCCAACAGCUUAGUGGCCUUGGCUAGGCUUGGUAGUAGGCCCAUUGGAGGUCCUGCCUUGAAUGUAGCCAUGGUAGGCAGUGUAGGGAGUGAUCCAUUGGGUGGCUUCUACAGGACAAAACUGCGUCGGGCAAAUGUGCAUUUUCUAUCUGCACCCAUCAAGGAUGGGACAACAGGGACAGUGAUAGUUCUCACAACUCCAGAUGCUCAUCGCACAAUGCUUUCAUAUCAGGGCACGUCUUCGACUGUUAGUUAUGAUCCGAGCUUAGCUAGCAUAAUUUCAAAGACAAAUAUACUUGUUGUUGAAGGGUAUUUAUUUGAACUUCCCGAUACAAUUAAAACAAUGACAAAAGCAUGCGAGGAAGCCCGCAGAUGUGGUGCCCUGGUUGCUGUUACUGCAUCAGAUGUCUCCUGCAUCGAGAGACACUAUGAUGAUUUCUGGGAAAUAGUAGGAAACCAUGCCGACAUUGUUUUUGCAAAUAGUGAUGAAGCUAGAGCUUUAUGUCAUUUUGCCCAAGAGGAAAGUCCCAUUUCAGCUACUAGGUAUCUGAGCCAUUUUGUUCCCCUAGUCUCAGUUACAGAUGGGCCGAGAGGCUCUUACAUAGGUGUAAAAGGAGAUGCCGUAUAUAUCCCUCCUUCUCCAUGUGUACCAGUGGACACUUGUGGUGCUGGGGAUGCAUAUGCAACCGGUAUUUUGUACGGUAUUUUACGAGGGAUGUUGGAUUUGAAAGGAAUGGGUACAUUAGCUUCUAGGAUUGCAGCUACAGUUGUUGGGCAACAGGGCACCCGGCUUGGAGUUCAAGAUGCAGUUGAAUUAGCAGAAUCAUUCUCUCUCCAUAAAGAUGGCUCCACCGUCCGAUCAGAUGUUGGUUCGGAUCAUAUUUCCAGCUUCUAGUCAGGUGCCCUAGGCCCUCCACAUUCUUUCCUCUGUUCAUAUCUCUGUAAUUCUGGACAUUCUAUUGUUGUACAUUGUCUGGCAAUGAAAUUGCUUAGGCAUUGAUUGAGUAGUUCAGCAUAGUGUCAUGAAAUCUUCGUCUCAAUAUAUCUAAUUGCCCAGAAAACAAUCUUUGUGGUUUUUUCCA